UAGCAUGAUCAGAGCAUCUUGGAAAAGUUGGCUGAUUUAGACUGUUGCUUCCAGAUUAUGGAAUUUGUAGAUUUUACACUGACAGAUUAUGGGGUUUGUAAUCCAAAUAAGAAAGAAUUGAGAAAUAACCAAUUAAAAAACAAACAAAAGUGGUGGUGAUGGUUUAAACUGGUUUUUGUUUUUGUUCUGUAUUAAUGUCAUAAUGGGAAAAUAAAUCCUUCUUAUUGCAUGUUAUACAUUAGAAAGUAUGAUAAAUCAUAUUUAAUGCCUAAGAGUGUUUUUUUUAAAGUUAUUUGGUUUACUCCAAGCCAUGGUUUACUCCAACCUGAUUUAAACCAGGCAAACCUGCAAAUAAAUAAUGUUUCUUAGCUCUAGGUAAAUGCAGAAUAAUCCAUAUAGACUAGGAUGAAGGAGAAUGAAAAGCAUUAUGGUAAUUCUAUUGAUGGGUGACAUCCAAGGUCGAUGAUCAUUAACUGCCCUGUUCCAGCCUUAAAAGCUUGGGCUAUGGCUUCUUCUGUUGAAUUUAUCUACUUAUAGUCUAGUUUGGGAGAAGUCAGCAGUGUCUCUGCAAUACAAAGCAGUGGUUCCCAACCUUUGGGCCUCCAGUUGUUUUGAACUUCAACUCCCAGACUGCCAGAUUACCAGCAUUAGGAACUGUGGGAGCUGAAGUCCAAAACACCUGCAAGACCAAAGAUUGGGAACCAUUGUUCUAGAAAGAAAAAUAUCAAGGAUGUCUUUUCUCAGACUUCUUAAUUUCACACUCUUUUCUUGGAAAUGGUUGCCACAUUAGUAUGUCAUUUCCACUUCUCUACACACAGUCUUCACAGAGUGAGGUCCCAGUGUUGACCAACCAUGCACCAAUCUCCACACAUUAAAAAAAUUCAUGCCCAGGCGUCUUCCAAGAAAAAUAAAAACAAACCAACAAAAGUCCCAUGGCGAUCAGCGAGUGGUGACGGGGGCAGGACUGUAAAAUCUGGAAGCCCCUAGUCACAGACUGGCACAUGGGCGGUGGAUAUGGACUCAGUUGUUCUACCUCAAGGUCCAAGGCAGUUGAGUAGUCCAGCAGCUGUAUCCAUGACUGAGCAGCCCUUUUUAGGAUCCGCUCUGCUCACCCCACACGGGGAAGGGGCUAGAAAAGGUGCCCUAAACAUAGUCUGCCUCCCUUAUCCCUGACUGGACUGCUGCGUUCAGAGAGGUCACCACUCUGCAGCCAAAAAAGAAAAAUUAACUUUGGAACAUGGAACGUACGGACACUGUUGGAUAACACUGACAAAUGAACGCCCUGGACGCAGGACUGCUAUCAUUGCAAGGGAGCUGGGAUGCUUUAACAUCAACAUAGCAGCCCUUCAGGAGACCCGGAGAGCAGGAGAGGGACAACUAAAGGAAGAAAAAGGAGGCUACACCUUCUUCUGGAAGGGACUACCUGAAGCAGAGCGAAGCAUACACGGAGUUGGCUUUGCUAUCAGAAAUGACCUGGUAAAGCACCUGACUGAAGCACCCACUGGCAUUAAGAAACGACUCUCAACCCUCCAAAUUAACCUUGCCAAAAACCAACAGGCAACUAUCAUAAGUGCCUAUGCACCAACACUAGAUGCUGACAAAGACAUCAAGGAAUUUUUUUAUUGUCAGCUGGGCACCGUCCUAUCAGAGAUACCUAUGCAGGACAAAAUCUUCCUCCUGGGGGAUUUUAAUUCAAGAGUCGGACGGGACUUCAACCUGUGGCCAGGGAUCAUAGGAAAAGACGGGGUCGGAAACAGCAACUCGAAUGACAUUGCUUCUUACCAAAUGUGGAGAACACAAACUUGUUAUCACCAACAUGCACUUCCGCCAGAAAAACAAGCUCAAGACAUCAUGGAAGCACCCCCAGUCAAAAUACUGGCACCUCUUGGACUAUGUAAUUACACAUGCUAGAGACCACCGCAAUGUGCUUCUCACAAGAGCCAUGACAGGUGCUGAUGACUGCUGGACAGACCACCGGUUAAUCCGAUCCGCUGUGGCUAUCAAGAUUGCCCCCAAACGCAGACUCCAAGGAAGAAAAAUAAGGCACAAAAUAAACACCCAAGCCCUUCAGGACCCCUCCAGAUGAGCUCUUCUCCAAACAACACUCAAGGAUCAUCUACCCGUAGAACAUGCCAAAAAUGUUGAGGAACAUUGGAACAAACUGAAGACCUCCAUCAUCACAGCCUGCGAAGAAACCAUUGGAUACCAAACUAAGAAACAUCAAGACUGGCUGGACAAUGACAAAGAGACCCAACAGUUGAUAACAAAAGGAAAGCCUUCCAAACAUGGCAGAGAGACACCAACUGUGCUGCUAAGAAAAAGAUCUGUGCUAGUACAAAAGCUCAGGUCCAAAGAAGGAUCAAAGAACUUAAGAACAUCAGGUGGACAAAGAAGGCUGAAAAAAUCCAACACUUUGCAGAUACCCAUGAUGCUCAGGGAUUUUUCAAAGCCAUAAAGAUCAUUUAUGGACCAAGAAACCAUGGCAUACAGCCUCUACGCUCAUCAGAUGGAACCAAACUUCUGAAGGACGGGAUAGAAAUGAUGGAAAUAAAUAAAUAAAUAAAUAAAUAAGGACAAAACAUCAAUUGCACUACGUUGGAAAGAGCACUACCAGAACCUUCUGAAUCGCAGCUCCAAUGUGGCCGAAGAGGCCCUCUCACAAAUCACGCAACAACAAACCAGGGAUGAGCUUGCAGCACUGUCUAGUUUGGGAGAAGUCAGCAAUGCUAUCAGCCAACAAAAAAAUAAUAAAGCAAACGGACCUGAUGGGAUCCCUGCUGAAAUCUUCAAAGAGGGUGGACCCAAGCUGAUACAACAACUCCACCAGCUCAUUGAAAAAGUGUGGGUGGCCGAGAAAAUCUCAGCAGACUUCAAGGAUGCCACCAUCAUCACCCUUUUCAAGAAAAGGGAAAAAACAGACUGUAGAAACUGUCGUGGUAUCUCCCUUCUAACCUCUGCUGGGAAAAUCCUCGCAAGAAUCCUUGCAAACCGCCUUCUUCCUGUCUCAGAAGACACCCUCCCAGAAUCCCAGAAUGGCUUUUGCCCCUCCAGAGGAACAGUGGACAUGAUCUUCACUGCACGACAGCUCCAAGAAAAAUGCAGGGAACAAAAUCAACCUCUGUACAUGGCAUUCAUUGACCUUGCAAAGGCAUUUGACACAGUGAAUCGCAGUGUUCUCUGGACCAUCCUCCAAAAAAUCAGGUGCCUUGACAAAUUUGUGAACAUCCUGCAGCUCCUCCAUGAUGACAUGAUGGAAGCAGUCUUGGACAGCAAUGGCUCCCAAAGUGACCCAUUUAAGGUGGAAUCAAGCAGGGAUGUGUCAUUGCCCCAACCUUAUUUUCCAUCUUCAUCGCUAUGAUACCUCACCUUGUUGAUGGGAAGCUUCCCACCGGAGUGGAAAUCAUCUAUCGGACAGAUGGCAAGCUAUUUAACCUCACCAGACUGAGAGCCAAAACCAAGGUCACCACAACAUCUAUUAUAGAACUCCAAUAUGCCGAUGACAACGUAGUCUAUGCACGUUAAGAAGAAGACCUACAAGCCACUCUAAACACCUUUGCAGAAGCAUACGAGAAGCAUUGAACAUUGAGAAAGCCAAAGUGCUCUUCCAAUAGGCACCAGCUAAUCCCUCUUCAAUGCCAGGAAUGCAGCUUAAUGGUGAAACAUGAGAAAACAUUGACCAUUUUGGCUACCCUGGCAGCCACCUCUCCACAAAAGUCAACAUUGACACUGAAAUACAACACCGACUGAGCUCUGCGAGUGCAGCAUUUUUUCCAAAUGAGGCAGAGAGUGUUUGGUGAUCGGGAUAUCCGUAAAGAUACCAAGGUGCAUGUUUAUAAAGCCAUUGUCCUCCCAACCCUGCUAUACGCCUGCGAAAGGUGGACGGUCUACAAACGUCACACUCAACUCCUGGAGCAUUUCCGUCAGCGCUGCCUCAGAAAAAUCCUGCAAAUCUCUUGGGAAGACAGGCAGACAAAUGCCAGCGUGCUGGAAGAAGCAAAGACCACCAGCAUUGAAGCAAUGCUUCUACGCCAUCAACUCCGCUGGACUGGCCACGUUAUCCGAAUGCCCGAUCACUAUCUCCCAAAGCAGUUACUCUACUCCCAACUCAAGAAUGGAAAACGUAAUGUUGGUGGGCAGGAAAAUUUAAAGAUGGGCUUAAAGCCGACCUUAAAAACUGUGGCAUAGACACUGAGAACUGGGAAGCCCUGGCCCUUGAGCGCUCUAAUUGGAGGUCAGCUGUGACCAGCAGCGCUGCGGAGUUCGAAUGGAGGGCUUAAGGGAGAAAUGUGCCAAGAGGAAGGAGUGUCAAGCCAACCCUGACCGGGACCUGGAAACUGAUGUCCUCACUGCAGGAGAACAUGCGGAUCAAGAAUAGGUCACUUCAGCCGCACACCCCCAAGGCACCAGAAACUGAGGACCAUCAUCCUCGGCCUACGAAGGAUCGCCUAAGUAAGUAAAAACAUGGACCCAGAAGGCAGAGGGAGACUCGGCAAUGAUCCUGUGGCUCAGAAAGUGAUGGACAAACUGAAGAAAGAAGAGGAGCGAAAGAAACAGGCAUCAGACAAUGAGAAUGACAAAAUCAAGGACAUUGCUCAACAGCUGAAGGUUUUGAGUCUGACUGAAGAGAACCUACGUAUGUUUAAUCAAGCCAAAAACAACCAGAUCCCCACACGUGACCGACAGUUUGCGUGCCAGCCCUGUGACAUCAUGUGGUGGCGGCGCGUCCCAAAGCGAAAAGAGGUAUCCCGUUGCCACAGGUGUGGGACCUGUUAUGACCCGGUGCCAUGCAAAAAAAUGUGGGGCUACGCAGAAUUCGAGUGCCCCUCAUGUCAACGCACCUUUAAGGGAUUUGGCCAGAUGGAGGUCCCAUCUCCCUGCUUCGGUUGCCAUAAUACUGUGUUCCCAAGCCGUAUCCUUCCACCUCGUAGGACCCAGGGGCCGCGAAGCAGACAUCAGCAUUCCUGCUUUGCUGAAGACUGCUUCAACCGAAGAGAGCCCCAUGUACCUGGAACCCACUGUGUGCAUCCUCAAAGCCUACGUAGGAAUAGGUUGCCCAAAGUGCUUUUCCCCAGCGAAGAACAUGACAGCACUGGCUCAACAGUGGAUACCUGUGUCAGUCAAGGAAGCCUGCAGGUGGACCUCGAUUACCUCAUCCUGGAAGAUCUGGAAGAAGUAGACGAGGAGGAAGAUGGUGGCAGCAGCAUUUAAACUCUGGAUACCUAGAAUGAGCCUCUUGUGAGAGAUAAAUGGCAAGUUAUGAAUUCAUAGUGAUGACCUGGGGAGGGGGCCUACUUGAUUUCAAAAUGUAUGUCAAUGACAGUCCUUCCUCAGAACCUAUUGAGCAUUCAUUGCUCAUCCGCUAUUUAACUGUACCUUCUUUAUCUUUUUCUGAUGGUCACAGUGCUAUCACAUGUGCUAUUACAUGAAUCAUGAAGCUUUGAAAAUGUGCUCUCUCCUUCCAGCCCACUCAAUGGGUGUCAAGUUGUCCUGUGAAUUUUUGCUGGCCUUGUGUACAUUGCAAAGUGGAAAGGUGCAUGCUGCUUCUGCUUUGUGGAAACCAGACUAUCUGAACAAGACAGGAAAGUGAGUGAACAAUGACUGUAUUUUAAAAAAUGUUCUCAUUGUUAAAUUGCUGCUGUUCCUGAUUUAGGCAAUCAGGAUUGACAGCCCCAGACUGUGGUGACAGGGAAGUUGCAGGACCAAGGAACAUGCAGGACUAGUUCUAAAACUAGUUGGGCUGGAAAUAGAAAAGUUCCACCUCGGCCAUUUGUAAUCUGGGCUGAAUCAUCUUGUUGACUUACCCACUGGUCCAUGUAGCUUUAUAUAAGCAAUAUGAAUUUGUAGCAAGUUGCACAUUCUAAGCAGCUUUGAGCAAGCCUUGCAAUGUUCGCAUAAACCACUACAUCUGGCUGGCAGCACUGCCCCAGUGGCUCAGUAAGUGUGAGCCUGCUGUACAGUUUGUUUCACAAUAGUGUGAUCUAAUGCACACAGCUGCACAAUGAGAGAAUUGGACCUUCGCCUGAAAGCCCCAGUAGGGAUGGAUAUGUGGGUAGUGACUAGAAGCCACCCAUGGGAUGUUGCUUGGGACCAAAGAUUUGAUGUAAGGAAGUUGAAAGAACCCAUUAUAAUUACUACUCGGGUAGUACAGCUUCCUUACUCCUGAAUACGGAGGCUUAGUUGCUCUAUGUGAAUCACUGUUGGGAUGUGGUGACACAGACGUAUUCCCAUUCCUGCUUUAUAAGCAAAGUAAGCAAAGUGAGCAAAGGUCUCUCUCACAGUAGAGCUAUAGUGGUUUGAUAUCUGUGCUGUGACUGCAUCCUCUGGACUCCUAUGAUAUGUCGCUUGGUGUGGCACUAGAAAUCUCUCGUGGAAAAUUCUUAGUAGCCAUCCCUAAACUGCAAAUCCAAGGAUGCCAUAGCAUGGAUCCAUGGCAUUUGACGUAGAAUCACAGUUGUAUAGUUCAAAUAAAAUGUAAUAUUCCCUGAAGUAUUUAUAUGGUAUUAGCUACUGUCCCUAAUUUUUGCACUUAACACUAUGUCUUACCUUUGAGAGUAUGUCUUAUUUUAUAAUCUUGAUCUCCAGAUUGAAAGAUGCCAGGUCUACCUUGUUUGUAAUUUUUUUCUUUAAACGGUGUUUCUUAUCAAAUGUAAAUGGGUGUGGUAUAGUGCUUUGGGCUUUUUUCCCUUUUGCUGAGAUAUUUUUUUAAUUGAUGCAAAUAAAAUUAUGAGGAAGGGUUGCAUUGUGAAACUAAGAAACUGUUUUGUUUCUUUCAUUUCUGUCGCUGUUAUAAAAUAGACCAAAAGUGUUCUCUCUGCUGGCAAUUUAAAGUGUAUCUAGAAGCACAAAAUGUCUUGAAACUCAGGCUUGUUUUUAGUACAUUGUCUGUAGAAAACAUAACCAGGCACCAUGAGACAUGACUAUAUUGAGAGCUUCUCAGUCGUGGGCAUGUCUGGAUAUGACCCCUCUCCCCACAAAAAUCCCUGUUUAAGAAGGAGAAAGAACCGUGCUGGAAUCCAAAAUGUCAAAAGGUAUAAGAAAACAAAGUAAUAUUGGAUGAAUAAACACAUUAGCAUAUGUAAUUUUGAA